AUGUCGAAACUCGAGAACCGCGCCGACUGGGCCGACGACGAGGAGUUUGACGACCCCUCCGCGCUCCCCGCACAACAAAUCACAACCAACAAGGAUGGCACCAAGACGAUCGUAUCGUACCGCUUCAACGAUGACGGCAAAAAAGUCAAAGUGACACGCCGAAUCCGCACAACCAUCGUCAAGGAACACGUAAACCCACAGGUCGCCGAGCGAAGGGCGUGGAGCAAAUUCGGCCUCGAAAAGGGCCACCCACCCGGUCCUUCGUUUGAUACCACUUCUGUUGGCGAGAAUAUUAUUUUCAGGCCUAGCGUUAACUGGAAAGUGCAUGCCAAGGAGGCUGAGAAGGAAGGCGAGAAGGGUAGUGUGAAGGAGCAGCUCAAGGAUAAGAAGGUCAAAUGUCGUAUCUGUCAGGGAGAGCAUUUCACGGCUCGUUGUCCGUUCAAGGAUACUAUGGCACCUGUCGACGAGGGCGCUGGUGGUGCUGGUGCGGGUCUGGAUGACGAGGAGCCUGCUGCUGGUGGUAUGAAUACUGCUGGUGGAAGCUAUGUUCCUCCUCAUCUGCGCAAAGGUACUGCUGCGGCUGCUGCUGCUGCCGCGGGCGGCGGCGGCGGUGGCAAGUACGAGCGAGACGAUCUUGCUACUCUCAGAGUUACGAACGUAUCUGAAUUGGCCGAGGAGCAGGAACUCCGCGAUCUCUUCGAACGAUUCGGCCGCGUCACCAGAGUCUUCCUUGCCCGCGACAGAGAUACACAGAGAGCCAAGGGAUUCGCAUUUAUCAGUUUUGCAGACCGAAGCGAUGCAGCGCGCGCCUGCGAGAAGAUGGACGGAUUCGGUUAUCGCCAUCUCAUUCUGCGGGUGGAAUUCGCCAAGAGGACUUCAUAA